GCCGUUGAACCAUUCUAGAUGUUGAGACCCUGCAUAUUUAGUGCAACUUGAUGAAGUACUUAUCUCAAUGUAUUCAGGUCGAGGUCUGACGUGAGAUAACAUCUUAGAGCUCUCUCGUUGAGAUUCAAAACGAGUUGGACUGUCUUGACAUGAAAAUCCGCAGCGACCAUCACAAUGUUUUACAAACCUAUCAUCAGUGUCAUUUCGCCAUCUCCUGCGUAAAAAUACCUCGGGGUAUCCCUGAAAAUGUCAAAGCCUUCUAUCGAAAAGCAAGGGAAGCUGUUCGAACAACUGAGGGCAGUGGCGGUUGUGUGCAACAACAAACUAUUUUAUGGUAUCUAGGAAGACACCAUUGGCGACGAUGGCAAGCACUAGUUAGCGAGGCCAAUCUAGCGCUGGCGACGGACUGUUUUGGCCAAAGAAUGAAUGCAAACAAUGGCCACGAUGGCCAGGAAAUCUUGUAGAUGGCUUUUUCGAGCUGGGAUACAGUGCUGGAGAA